CUCAUCUUUGCACUUCCAAGGCUUGCAAUGGGUAGCACUAAAGUUGUCGCGCUUAGCUUCGUCCUUGUCCUCUUGAGCUGUGGCUUAGCCAAUGCUGCAAGGGUAGCCAGGCUCUCUAGUGCUCAGGGAACAGGCGAAGGAGGGGGAGAGGGCAGUGCAUCUGAAUGCGGUGCGGGUUCCGGUUCUGGCAGCGGUUAUGGAUCCGGUGAUACCGAGAACAAUGGCGCCCAUGCUAGAUCUGGAAGUGGGGGUAGUGGUGGCGGCGUAUCAGACUACGGUGGCUCUGCGUACGGUGCUGGGUCAGGUGUGGGCUCAAGCUCUGCCUCCAGAUCUGAAGGAUUGUUUGCAGGUUCCGGGGGAUAUUCUAGUGCUGGUGGCGCUGGAGGCGGCCGCGGUGGUGGACAAGCUAGUGAUGGUGGUGGAUCCAAAGGUUAUGGGACCGGUGGUGGUAGUGGAACGGGUUCAAGUGAUACAAACAUAUACUCAGGAGGGCCAUCUUGGGGUGGACCAAGUUCUGUAAAAGCGAAUGCUGCUGGAAAUGGUGGUGGUGCCGGUGGUGGUGAAGUUGGUGGGACUGGUGGUGGUGAAGGUGGUGGAUCUGCUUAUGCUGAUGCGCACCCCUAAAUGUUACUAUGCCCCAUUAAUCUAAAACUGGUGUUUUGUGUUGUCUUAAUUUCCAUGUUGCAAUAUUUGGUUUCCCUUAUUUCUCUUCAUGUAUUAGCCUUCCACCAAUAACGGUUGCAGUACACUAGUAUAGCAUCCAUUUUAAUGAUAAUAUUGAUGUUCUGGUACUGCAAUGAUUGUUAUA